GCAGCAGACUGUGCAGCAGCAGCAUUCCUGGCCAGGACAGCCGUGAAUGUGAUGGGAGGGGCGGACAGACCAGAAGCAGUCUGGGGUCCAACAUCCUCUCUGCCGAGGCUCAUUGCCCCGCCACCCCCUAUUUAAAGAAAAACCCUCCGGAACCCAAAUCUUCUCCAUGUGUUUUUUAAAGGCUUUUCCGGAGAACAGGAGGUACCAACGCGAAGUGAAGUUGAACGGGACACCGAACCAGCAGCGUGGAGGCUGUUAAGUUGAUGUGUUUCUUCUUUGGCCUUGUGUUCCCACUAAAUCAAGAAAAUUGCUUGGUGUAGCUGUAUCGGAGAGAAGGCUCGGGAGGAGGUGAAACUGCGGGACAUGAUGACUGAGAAAGAGACGGCGACAGAGAAGAUAAUAACAGAUGCGAUGGCUAAUCCUUCUCCAGCAAAGAGCAUGGGCGACCCUGGAAUCACCCCACUGUCUCCUUCACACACUCAGCAGAACGACACAGACCAAGUACCAUCAGGGCCGUCUUUCGUGGUGGUGGUUGCCAUUGACUUUGGCACCACUUCCAGUGGUUAUGCUUACGCCUUCACUAAGGAGCCAGAGUGCAUUCACACUAUGAGGCGUUGGGAAGGGGGGGACCCUGGUGUGUCCAAUCAGAAGACCCCAACCACAAUCCUGCUGACUCCAGACAGGAAGUUCCACAGUUUUGGCUACGCGGCGCGUGACUUCUACCAUGACCUGGACCCCAGCGAGUCCAAACACUGGCUCUACCUGGAAAAAUUUAAAAUGAAGCUUCACACCACUGCAAAUCUGUCCAUUGACACAGACCUCCAAGCGGCCAAUGGGAAGCGAGUGAAAGCUCUUGAUAUCUUUGCAUAUGCAUUGGCCUUCUUUAAGGAGCAAGCACUAAAGGAGCUGAGUGAUCAGACUGGUGGCGAGUUUGAUAAUAAUGAUGUGAGAUGGGUAAUCACUGUUCCUGCCAUCUGGAAAAUGCCUGCAAAGCAGUUCAUGAGGGAAGCGGCCUAUAAGUCUGGUCUGGUGUCCCGUGAAAACCCAGAGCAGCUGAUCAUCUCCUUGGAACCUGAGGCAGCAUCAAUCUAUUGCCGCAAGCUCCGCCUCCACCAGAUGGUUGACCUAGGCACCCAGACUACCCAGAAUGGCUUCAGCCCCACUGACAACACGGGUGGUGGAAUGACCCAAGUUUCUCCAGGUCAAGCUAAGGAGCAUGUUCGGCGCAACCGGCAGAGCCGCACCUUUUUGGUGGAAAAUGUCAUAGGGGAGCUUUGGUCGGAGCUGGAAGAAGGUGACCGUUAUGUGGUGGUGGACUGUGGAGGAGGGACAGUGGACCUGACUGUCCAUCAGAUCCGUCUUCCAGAGGGGCAUCUAAAGGAGCUCUACAAGGCCUCAGGUGGUCCCUAUGGCUCUAUUGGGAUUGACUAUGAAUUUGAGAAGCUGCUCUGUAGGAUCUUUGGCCAGGAUUUCAUUGACCAAUUUAAGGUCAAGAGGCCAGCCGCCUGGGUGGACCUGAUGAUUGCAUUUGAGUCUCGGAAGAGGGCAGCAGCCCCUGACAGAACCAAUCCCCUCAAUAUCAACCUGCCCUUCUCCUUCAUUGACUACUACAAGAAGUUCAGGGGCCACAGUGUAGAACACGCCCUACGCAAGAGCAAUGUGGAUUUUGUUAAAUGGUCAUCUCAAGGGAUGCUGAGGAUGAGUCCAGAUGCUAUGAAUUCCCUCUUCAAGCCCACCAUAGACCACAUCAUCCAACAUCUCACCGAGCUGUUUGAAAAGCCAGAGGUGAGCGACAUUAAGUUCCUGUUCUUAGUGGGAGGUUUUGCAGAGUCUCCCCUGCUGCAGCAAGCCGUCCAGAACAUGCUCCAAGGGCGUAGCCGCAUCAUCAUACCCCAUGAUGUAGGCCUCACCAUUCUGAAAGGUGCUGUGCUGUUCGGCCUGGACCCCAGCAUCAUUAAAGUCCGCCGCUCGCCCCUCACAUAUGGGGUGGGCGUCCUCAAUCGCUUUGUGGAGGGCAAGCACCCUCUGGAGAAGCUGCUGGUGAAGGACGGCACGCGCUGGUGCACCGACGUUUUUGACACCUUCAUCACCGCCGACCAGUCUGUAGCGCUGGGUGAAAUGGUAAAGCGGAGCUACACACCGGCCAAGCCCUCUCAGCAGGUCAUCGUCAUCCACGUCUACUGCUCAGAGAAAGAGAGCAUUGGGUUCAUCAGCGAGCCCGGAGUCAGGAAGUGUGGGACACUUCGCUUGGAUGUAAGCGGAACGGAAAGCACGGCACCCCGCCGUGAGAUCCAGACGCUCAUGCAGUUUGGUGACACAGAGAUUCGGGCCAUGGCAGUGGAUGUGUCCACUGGACGCACCGUCAAAGCUAGUAUUGACUUCCUAAGCCAUUAAGAAGGGAACAAGAGAGCUAAAAUUGUUGGACACAAUGGAAAUGGAAACAUAUAGCUUACACACAUAUACACAGCACACACACAACAAGCUGGGGAUAUUUACUGGAAAGUGGUUUAUCUUAAUUAAUCUCAAGGCACAGUUUAAGCAUGAAUGGUAGUAGGUUUGGAUGAAAGUGUUCAACUUAAACCUGGGCUGACAUUCAACUGUAGAAUUCAUGUUUCAACAAGAAAAGGAAAAAGACAGUCUGGAUAAGUUCAAUGUGUUUUAGGUCUGUCACUUCACACCGUCUCCCUCUAGUCUGUUUGCUGAGGCGCUCCAUAGUCUUCACACAAACCCAUAUACCCUGUUAUGAGUCAGGUUCAAGAGCACCUGACAAGAAAGAUAAAUGAUUAUUCCUGUUGAUCACUUCUCAGCCAUAAUGUAUUACAGGACAGCCUUUAAAAUCUUCUCUCAGCAUUCCAGAGGAAAACCUCCCAACAAUACAUCUUUACAUGCUUCAGUUGCUUUAAUGAUUUUUGUCAAAUUACAGCAGAUCAUUGUAUCUGUGCAUAUUUUGUGUGAUGAAAGAAUAAAAAGGUCAUAAUUACAUGUCAUCAAGGAACUAUGAUUGAAGGUCUUAAUAUUAUCCAUGUUCUCAUUACAUCAGCUCCACUUCACUACACUUCUGAUGGCCAAACCAGUAGUUUUGCAUGAUUGAGCCCUUUAAACAUACUGUGUAAAGUGUUAAUACUUCACUCCUGCCAGCCAUUGAACAAAGCAUGUUACAUGUGGUGCUGGUGCCAUUUGAAAUAACACAUAACAGCAUCAGCAUAUUAUCCCCUUAAAGUUGAUAUGGUUAUCACAGCAAAUUGACUAUUCAUAUCCAGGAGACAUGGAGCAACAUUAGCAUUCAUUUGGAGUCGUGUUUGUGUCCACCAGAUGAAAUCCAAUAUUAAUUUUUCUUUCAACUCUGUUGUUGGAUCACUGAAGCAUAUCAAUUGGUACCACGAAGGUGUCGAUAUCCAGCCCUACCUGGAAGAUAGGAAAUCAGUCUAAAAGUGAUGGUAUACUUUGGAGAAUGACUGGCAAUAAUGUAAAGUAUAUCUGAUCAUUAAUCAAUAGGCCAAGUCAAACAAAACCACCACGUUCUAAUAUUAUCCACAGUUAAAUCUGAAUCCAGUAAUGUGAAACAUGCUGCAGGCUCAAUCUGGACAGCCAUCAAAUGUGCUUAAUUGUUGCCUUUAUUUGUUAACGCUUCUGAUAAUUACAUGUGGACAAAAUGCCACUUGCCCAUUUGAAUCCAGGUGUGAUUCUGCACAAAGGUGUAGGCAGGUCGAGACAAACAAUGAAAUGUGUUUAUUUCUGUAAAUACAGUAUUUAAAUAUUGUACAGAUUUUGAAGGUUGUUUCAGCAGCUUUAGAGCCGUGUGUGUGUGUGUGUGUGUGUGUGUGUGUGCAUGUGUGUGCGCUUUCACAUAUACAUUUCAAAAUGUUUUUCUCACCAGCCAUAGCAUGAGAGAACGAGGCAGGUUUGAUUGCUGUGUUCAUUCAGUGAGACUGGAUAUAUUGCUUUAUUUGCAAUCACAAAAGAAACUUGAAUACCUCCGUCCUUAAAAAAGCAUUUCAGUGAACAACUCUUCUGCCAGUUAGUUUUGAAAUGGUAGCAGUCAGUGUCACAUUUCCAAAUAGUUCCAACACAGAAUUGUAGUUUCCUUUAUGCUACUCAUAAAAAGAUCACAAAAAUUAUAAACAGUAAAUGGUAAUUAAUAUGUCACCACUCUGCAAGAUUAUCAAUUUCCUCCUGAUAUGAAGUCGUUGUUUGAAAUCUGGCCGGUGAUGGUGGUGUCUGAAAACUUCACAACAGAGUUCUCUCUGUGUCGGGGGAUGCAGUCGUGGGUGUACAGCGUGAACAGGAGGGGGCUGAGCACACAGGCUCCGGUGUUGAGCACUAGAGUGGAGGAGGUGUCUGGAGUCUGUUUGUGGGGAAGUCCAGUAUCCAGCUGCAGAGUAUUGUAUUUAAACCCAGAGUGCUGAGUUUGCUGAUCAGUUUCAUGGGGGAGAGGAAAAGUUUUAGUUUUAAUUAAGAGUGCCUAGUAUGAAUAAUGUGAUGUCAAGAUUUACUCCAUCAGAACAUACAGUGCAUUCCUUUGCCUUCCUAAUUAUAUACUUUAUAUACAAGUGUGACGUCAGAAGUAAUCACUGAGCAUCACACUAAUUGUGAAUUCAUCUAAGCUCUUUCCCACAGCUAAAUGUUUAACAAAAGUGGGCAUUACUGUGAGAUGCGUAUCUCUUUUCUUAUUAGACCUUGGCAUCUACAUCAUUGGCAGAAAAGAUCUUGGUGAUGUAGUAGCCUUUGGUUGUGGGUUGUUUCAUCCAUGGCUAAAUGUUCUGUUCAUCUUGGUGUUACUUCUCAUUCAACAGCAGGGUUAAAUAAAAUUGGAAGGUGCGACAGCUAAUACAAUAGCUUCCUCUAUUUCGGACUCUUCUGGGUCUUGUUCCUUCAAAGGUCAGCUCUGUCAAAACUGUUAGCCAUUGUCAACAGUGUAAAUUCAUGUGUGAAGGUCAUUGUAGGACACUGUCUCUCUAAACUCUGUUCAAGAACUGUAUUGCUUUUGUCGAUCUUUAUAGUCAAGUCAAUUUUAUUUAUAAAGCCCAACAUCACACAUCAGAAUUUGCUUCAAGGGGCUAAUCUGUACAUCAUACAACACCCUCUGUCCUCACAUGAUAAAAUGUAGCUUGUAAAACAAGUGAAGAGGACGGAUUCAGGAGGACAACUUAGCAGCUUCAGGUGUCAAGUAGAAUCUGAGGAUCCACCACAGAGACCUGGAAAUAGGACAGGCCACACAACAACAGCAACACAAAAGAAAUGCAGUGCAAUAACUUGCACUUCCAGGGUAAAGUCUUUGCUGACAGUCUCACUGAAGUUUUUCAUGGUGUAACUGAAGUAGUUGUAACAUUGCUAACUGCUGCAGAAAGUGGGCACGAUUGUCGCAAUUUCUGUAAGAGAAUCAGAGGUCAACAUGAAAGUGCUCUCCAAAUGUGCUUUCCUCCAUGAGUGAUUGCACUUAUUCCAUUGAAAUGAAAAGAUCAAAUCCAAAGUCAUUAAAGGAGGUGGUGUAGCACCUGCUUCAGCGCUUUACCUGGCAAAGUUUCAUUUGUGUGGAAUGCUACACGUCCUUCCUGCUGUGGCAGUUACAGUUGGAUACUUCCAAUUAAAAGCGUCUACCUGACCAUAAGUGGCAAAACACUGAUACAACCACAAAACUCAAGGAGGCAGAUGUUCUUUAUAGGACUAAGCUAGCUGAAAAGUGUGGAGCUAGACACAAAACAUCCUGUAAAGAGGCAACAUAUCACCAUGAUAAAUACUAGAACAAUAAAACUUUUGUGGGUUGUUUGCUUCUUAAAGAUAAGAUCUUAUUUUAGUUUUUAAAGUCAUUUUCUUAGAUUGCUUCUUUCAGCUGUGAGUCAAGGCUUGUCUAGCUUUCAGUGUCAAUAUACAAAGCAGCUGUCUUAAGCACUGUUUCUGCAAUGCAUGUUUCGCAUGUGUCACAUAGGAAUGACUAAAUAACAGCAGGCAACAAACAGCAAGUGGAUCACUAUUACUCAGACAAAAUCCCAGUUUACCACUGAUGAUGAUGAUGAUUAUUAUGAUGAACAAGAUGAUGAUAAUGACAAUGGUGGUGAUGAUUAUGAUAAUGAUUAUGAUGAUGAUGAUGAUGAUGGUAGUGUUUUGUGGAAACUGGAAACUGCUCCUUAGCCUUAUCACAGUGAUGAAGGCUGAUGGGCUGUGUGUAAUACCCUGCUGCUUUCUGGGCUGAUGUAACUGAUGUAAAUGCUUGUAACUGAUGGCAGCUCAUAACUACCAUAGCAGAUCAGUACCUGACAUACUGAAUUGAUUACUAACCUAAUAACCUUUUAUUCCUUCUGCACAUCUCUGCACUCACAGGAUGGUUAUCAAGCAGAAGGAUUUAAUAACAUGUUUCUAUUGUUUCUUUGGUUAGACAAUAACAAUGUAUUUUGUGCAACCUUGAGUAUUAUGUGAUGCACAUAUACUGUUAUGGAACAGCUUUAUACUUAAAGCUAUAAUAAAAUGAUAUGAAGACAUGUUUAGUGGACAUUAGCAUUUUGUUCUCUGCCUGUGAGGCAGCAUUUGACAUUUCGGCUGAGAUGUCAAUUUUUUGAGCAGUCAGUUCAGUCAAGUGGUUCAGUGGAUGUGAUUUGAGAAAGAAGUCUAGCCCGCUUGCAUCAUGUACAAGUAUCUGCUUAACACUAUUUAAAAUAUACAAUUAUCAGAACAUUUUACAGUUAAAAAUAUUAAGCUUGUAGUUAGGAUAAUCUCAGCCACUCACAAAAGCGACACAAUGUACACUUUAUGUAAUUUCUUCUUUUCUUGAGUUACUUAAAUGUCUUGCUCUAUUGGAAUUGUCACACAGUAAUGGGUGUAUUUUGAUCAAUGCCAGAUAUUCACUGUCAGACUAUCACCAAUAAAAUGUAUAUGUAUUUCAAAGAA